UUUUACAUUAUUUGUUUCGCCAUAUCUUUUCACAUAUUGUAAUGAUUUACAUUAAGCGAAAAGUAUUUAAAAAGAUCUAAAAAAAAAACAUGUUGCCGACGAAUAUUUGUCGCACGUGUGCGUUGCAAGAUGACAACUUGUUGGCAUUGGCAACGCGGAGUGAAAAAUACGCAAAGAAAAGUAUUUGCGACAUGCUGCACGAAUUAACACAAAACGAUCCUCUGCUGGAGCAUACAGAUGAUAAGCUACCACAGCAUUUGUGCGGCCAAUGCUUGAGCCAGCUGGAAGCUGCCUAUGCAUUUGUGGUGCAGGUACGCCAGACGCAGGAGCAACUGUUGCUGCAGCUACGUAACGGAUUGCAGACACAGUGCCUGGAUGAAACACCCAUCGAUAUAAGCACAGAGCACAUCAAAAUCGAAGCAGACAUUGACCUAGAUGCGGACAUGGCUGACUUAGUCGAUGCUAAGUUGGAGGAAGAGCAGGAGAAGCAGGUGGCCUUAAAAUGUCAGCCGGCAACUGAUAGCGAUAGCAGUCAAGAUAAUGUGAAGGACCAUCACAUUAGGGUCAAAACCCCUCAGCUGCGGCGCAGUGCACGGCGAGCCAAACUGAGCACAGACAGCGAAAAUGAGUCUUCCGAGCAGGUGAAGCCGUUGACUGUUAAGCGUGGACGCGGUCGUCCCGCACGUCUGGCCAAGAGGGAGACGACCACCAACGAGGACGGGCGGCAUGUGUGCGAGGUGUGCGGCAAGACAUUCUCCUGGUAUCGCGACAUGCAGCGCCAUGCGCGCAUCCACUUUGAGCAGGCGGGUUUUGUGUGCGAGCACUGCGGCAAGAAGUUCCUGCGCAAGGACAAGUACAUGACGCAUCUGCGAUCGCACAAGAAGCACGUGUCAACAGACAGACAGACACUGCCACGGAGCAACGAGUGGCGCUACGCGGAGCGUCUUUACAGCCCCGGCAGAUUCAUGCGUGUGGAGUGCAAACUGUGCGGCUUGAGUUGCCAGCGCAUUCGGGAGUUGCGCGAGCACCUGGCGAGUCAUGUUCACAUUGAGACAUUGUCGAAUCUCAGCCUGGACAACGAUGUCAUCCGAGAGCAGUUUGGCAGCCAAUUAGAUUUGCAGCAAAUAAAGGAAAAGGUGUGCACGCAAAUUGCCAAAGGUCGCGAGCAACUGGAGAAUUACUGUGACGUUGUGAAUGCUUACGGCUAUGAGCAGUGCCUCAGCGAUUCGGAUGAGGAGGAGGAAGGGGAGCUGACUGGCAAAUAUCAAUGUCUGCGCUGCAAUGUCAGCUUUACACGGAAGCAUCAACUCAUGGGUCACACGCUCGAGGAGCACACGGACAGAAGUGAGACUCUUUUGGAACGCUGCAAUAUCUGUCAAAUUGGCUUUGUUUGCGCCAAGCUGCUGGAACAGCAUAAGCGCACGCAGUGUCUCAAUCCGCUGAAGCGUUACAGCUGCGAGAAUUGUCCUGGCAAGUUUAUUUGGCUGCAGAAUCUGCAGCAACAUGCAUGUUGCAGGGCGCAACCGGAUAUGCAGCAUCGGCGUUCGGAGCAGCAGCAGGCACCUCAUCACCAGAUCCAAUGUUGCCUGUGCAAAGUCCAACCCAGCAGCAUGGCUGCCCUACGCUCUCAUUUACUCACGCAUCGUGAUGGAUAUACCGGCAUUGAUCCGCAGCAGCAGUCUGCCUUCUUUCGCACCUAUUACGAUGAUGACGGCGCCGGCUGCCUGUCGGAGCUCAGGGCACGCAUCGCAGGCGAUUUUGAGGCACAGCUUUAUGGAAGAUAUUUCAAUGCGUGCACGGACAGCGGACAGGAACUGGACUUCAACGACUCUGACAAGGAGUGGAGCGAUGCGCCCAUUCUGCACAGCUGUGCCGUGUGUGGCGAGAGCAGAAUCCGUCUCGAUCAGCUGCUCCAGCAUCAGCAGAGCCAGCACAUAGACCUAGCGGGCAGCCUGCCUCAUGUCUGCUCCGAUUGUGGAUUGGGCUAUGUGGCCGAGUCGCUGCUGCAACAGCAUCGUCGUCGCAUCUGCGCCAAGCUGCAUGCCAAGUACGAGUGCCCACUUUGCAGUCACCGCUUCUAUUGGCACUCCAACUACGAGCGGCACAUUCAGGUGCAACAUCCAACGGAUACGAAGCAGGAGCAGGAGAAGAGCAAGCUGCAGUGCAGCGAGUGCGAUAAGGUGUUUAUCUGGCCCAAGGAUUUGACGCGCCACAAGCGCAUGCAUCAGUCGCAGGUGCAGUUCGAAUGCGCCCAUUGCGAUCGCAAGUUUCAUCGCAAGGAUGGCCUUAAGUCGCACAUGCGGAUGCACGGCGAGCAGCCGACGUCGUCUCUCGGUGAGCAGCUGCAGCGCAUGCCGAUGGUAUUGAACCAGCUAUGUCGCCCCAAUGGCUGCAAGCAGAUCAAGUGCAUGAUUUGCCUGUCGCAGCACACAAAGAUCUCCGAUUUGCGAACUCAUUUGACGAGCCAUCAGUUGACGCUGUGUUUGGCCGAGGAGCGAGGCAUCGCAAAUAUUUGUCGUGCUCUUUAUCCGGAGCUGAGCACGCCACUGAAUCAGCAGGCAUUGAUCAAGCGCAUCCAGCGUGAUCUAACCAACGACUUGGAGCUGGAAAGAUUCGUUUCGAUAACCAACGAGGCGGGCAUCGAACUAAGCCUGGACAGCAGCGAAACGGACACGGAUUCGGAUUAUGCAGUAGAAACCGAACGGAGUAGCACGGAACGCCGUUACAGCUGUGAAUUGUGCCAGGUGCAGGUGAUGCGGAAGCAUCAGCUAUAUGCCCACCAGCUGGAGCAGCACACGUGGCACCAGACGACGCACGUGUGCAGCCACUGCCAGGCGAGAUUCGUGAAUGAGCAGCUGCUGGAGCAUCACUAUAGCACCCUCUGCCGCAAUGCCCAGCGGCGUUUCCUGUGUCGCAAGUGUCCAUUGCGCUUUCGCUGGCGCGAUAAUCUGAAGCUGCACAAUAGUGUGGCGCAUCAGGAGCGGGGGACUGUGGAACAGGACUCCAAUGUGGACAUUCAGUUGCGUAUGUUGCCCGUGGUUAGCUACGACUGUGUCGAGUGCAAGCGUAGCUUCAAAAUGCAAAAGGAUCUCACACGGCACACCCUGAUGCAUGCCAAGGAGUCGAGCAUCUAUCGGUGUCGCUGGUGCGCACGACGCUUCUAUCGCGAGGCGAAUCUGCUGCAGCACAUCGAGCGACAUGGCAUCAGCGCUGACCAGCUGCCCUAUGCGGAGGCCCUGCUCAACGCCAGCCGGCAUCCGCAUGGUCCGAAGUGCAUCCAGUGUCGCGUGUGUGAAUUAUCCUUUGGCAGCAUUGCGGCACUGCGUUCGCAUCUGCAAUCGUCGCCAGUUGGCACUCAUCAUCCGAUUGAGUCUAUGGCCAACUAUUCGAUCACCAAUCAGCUUGGCUACGAGCUGCACCUGGACGACUCCGAAACGGAUGAGGAAGCCAAGCCGGCCGGCACUCCGGCGCAUUACACGUGCGGCAUGUGCCAGCUGCGCUGUGUGCGCAAGUUUGAACUGCAUCAGCAUCAGCAGGCCAUGCAUCGUCUGGAGCGUAUCGCCGACGGCUGCAAUCUGUGCAUCUUCAAGAGCGUCUCGCCCGAUCUGAUUGCCUAUCAUCGGCGUGUGCUGUGCGAGAACACGGAGAAGCAGUUUAAGUGCUCUAAGUGCAGCUACAAGUUUAUGUGGCAGUCGAAUCUGGUGCAGCACAUCCAACUGCAGCAUCCCAGCAGCGAAGAGUCGCCAACAAAAACAGCAAUGCCCAAGACCGUGCCCGAUAUUGAUAACGUUGAAUGCCACAUCUUCCAGUGUGGUCAGUGUCCCAGUAAAUACAAUCGUAAGGAUCGCCUCACCGCCCAUGUGAAAAAGUGUCACACAGCUGGCGCAACUGCGUUAACAAAAUCGGCAAAAGCGGCUACCAAGCAGCAGAAGAGUUUUCUGUGCGCCUUCUGCGGCAAGGCGGUGAGCUCAUCCUCCAAUUUAAUCAUACACAUACGUCGGCACACCGGCGAGAAGCCGUUCAAGUGUGAUUACUGCGACAUGGCCUUUCCGCGCUCUUCCGAUCUCCAGUGCCAUCGACGCACCCACACCGGCGAACGGCCCCACAUCUGCACCGUCUGUAAGAAGGGAUUCGCUCGCUCAUACAAGCUGCAGCAGCACAUGCGCAUCCACAACGGCGAACGGCCCUACAAGUGCACCUUCUGCGACAAGAGCUUCACCCAGUCCAAUGACCUCACCCUCCACAUCCGACGCCACACGGGCGAACGACCUUAUCAGUGCAAUACUUGCGGCGAGCGAUUCAUUCAGGGCACAGCGCUCAAGAACCAUCGACAGCAGAAUGGCCACUACGAGACGGAAGUGGAUCAAUCGAAGGAUGACUAACUUCGGCCAGAAAUAUGUUUAAAAUAAAAAAUGCAACAUUUAUGCAAAUGCAGCGUGAGAAUUGAGUCUUUUUGUUUGUAUUUUAAUUUAAAUUAAAUCUCCUAUCAAAAGUAUCGAUUUAUCAGCAAUUCGUUUCAAUAAAUCGAAGCAUUAGCUGAUAUUGAAUAUA